AUGCCGUCACCAGUCCCUGUCGCCACUCGACCAAUUGACAAGCCCUCCGUGGGCCGAAAUAAUUACCAACCCUUCGGGUUUCGUGAGGAAGUGCUUCCUGCGGGUUGGAGUCAGAAUGGCUCCAGGCCACUACCUUGUGACAUCCAUGCAUCUCAUGACGUAGGAGUCAAGGUUCGUGAUGGGAGCACUUUAUACUGCGACAUCUACCGUCCUGCCAACACUACAAAACCCGUGCCCGCCAUCCUAGCCUGGAGUCCAUUUGGCAAGAAGUUCAAUGGUAUUUCCAUGCUAAAGUUCCUACCGUGGGGUCUCGGGAUACCAAGUGGGGUACUCAGUGGUCUGGAGAAAUUUGAGGGCCCGGACCCUGCUGAUUUUGUUCCUCGUGGAUUCGCCAUCAUCAAUGUCGAUGCUCGCGGAUCCGGUGACUCUGAAGGCACCGUGGGGAUUAUGGGUACGCAGGAGGCUGAGGAUGGAUACGAUGUAAUCGAGGCCGUGGCCAAGAUGCCGUGGUGCAACGGGAGUGUCGGCUUGGCUGGUAACUCUCAUUUGGCCAUUGUUCAGUGGUUCAUCGCCGCAUUGCGGCGCCUUCUCUGA